CAGUUACACACACAGCAGACGGUCAAAGGUUACGCACGCAUCGCUCUCGGUGGAUAACCCACGCCUUGUUCUUGUUGACAUUCAUCUCAUUCGCCUGAUAUUGCGUAAACGAGAAGUAGAGCGAACACUAAAGUUGCUCAAGGGUGCGACUUGGACGUGGUGUCUGAUGUAGACUCGGUUCUGAGCUGAUCCCUCGCGGUUCCUCCACUCCACACCGCUGACCUUCUAUCAUUUCUCGACAGCCGGGAAAGAGGCGCUGGUCGCGGGCAUGGAUGCCGUGUGGAUGCUCCCUGUGCUGCUGGUGCUCCCGCUCCUGUUAUGGACCAGCAGCACGUUCGUUUUCUAUUUCAAAAAGUGCUUCUAUGUGGCGUACAUGAUGCUGCUGGCCGUUAUCACCAUCCCGAUUUGCAUUCUUAAAAGCGGCGGCAGGGACAUUGAGAAUAUGAGGGUCAUCCGCUUCAUGGUUCGCCAUGUGAAGUACUUCCUUGGUCUGCGCUUUCAGGUCAGUGGUUGGGAACAUCUACAGACAGAUGGACCAUACGUCAUCAUCUCCAACCACCAGUCAUCACUCGAUGUGCUAGGCAUGAUGGAGAUCCUGCCGGACCGCUGCACAAUGAUCGCUAAGAAGGAGCUGAUAUGGGCCGGGACAGUGGGCAUGAUUUGCUGGCUGGGAGGAAUCGUCUUCAUUAAUCGCCAAAAGACCAGCGACGCCAAGAACGUCAUGAGUGAUGCCGCUAAAACCAUGUUGGCCGAUCAGAUCCGAUUGUGGGUGUUUCCAGAAGGCACACGGAAUCAGAACGGCGGGCUUUUGCCUUUUAAAAAGGGAGCGUUUCACCUGGCCAUUCAAGCACAGGUUCCCAUCAUACCCAUCGUCUUCUCUUCCUACAGCAACUUCUACCUACGGAAAGAGAAAGAGUUCAAAUCAGGAACCAUCACUCUGAAAGUCCUACCAAAGAUCGAGACAAAGGGACUGACGGUAGAUGAUGUGACGACGCUCUCAGAGCAAUCCUUCAGUGUCAUGCAUUCAGCCUUCAUGGAGAUCUCCAGCCAAACCGCGCAGAGCAAUGGGCCAUCUUCCCACUGAGCGCCCUUUCAUUUGCUCCGACAACAAGGAUGGCUUGAGACCACGCCGUUGGUAAUCAUGACAACCAGGCGCUUUAGUGUCCUCCCCGCGGUCCUCAUGAAGCAGGAACACAUGUCCAUACAGACAGACACAUGCAUUCACCUUGACUACAGUACAUACAGCAGAUGUUAUCUUAGCCUAGUUUUGAUCUCCCGUUGGACUCCAGGGGGCGCUAAGAGGCAGAACGGUGGGUUUUUCUAGCGUGACGCUUUAACUGCGUCCUCUUUGAUGUUGGUUCGGUUCGGACUGCUUUGGUCGGCGACGGGUUGCGUUUUGCAGCGACGCCCUGAGAACAUCGUAGAUGUGCGUUCGACAUGCAUGCCUUUUCCUCUGUUUCUCUUCCUUCCUUUUGAUCUACCAAGACUCAUUUGUGUAGAUCGCUUUUUCCUCAAAGUACUUUGCUUGCAUUUUGGACAGCCAUCUGUAUUCGUUUUACUUCUGUC